AUGAAGAAAGCCCAUCUAGCACACAUCGCUCACAUUCAGGUAGCACCAGAGUUCAAACCAGGACAUGUAACUAGUAUACCCCAGGGUCGUGGUCCUGGACGUAGCCAUGAAGAAAGCCCAUCUAGCACACAUCGCUCACAUUCAGAGGGUAGGAGAAGGCGUGCUCAUGAGAAUCAAUGCUGGAAGGAUGCUGAUACCACCAAUUAUCCCCCACCUACUCCGGUGCAUACAAUUAAACCCAAGGAACAGAAUGAUGCUGAUACCACCAAUUAUCCCCAACCUACUCCGGUGCAUACAAUUAAACCCAAGGAACAGAAUGAUGCUGAUACCACCAAUUAUCCCCCACCUACUCCCGUGCAUACAAGUAAACCUGAGGAACAGAAGGAUGAUGAUACCACCAAUUAUCCCCCACCUACUCAGGUGCAUACAAGUAAACCCAAGGAACAGAAGGAUGAUGAUACCAGCAAUUAUCCCCCACCUACUCCGGUGCAUACAAGUAAACCUGAGGAACAGAAGGAUGAUGAUACCACCAAUUAUCCCCCACCUACUCAGGUGCAUACAAGUAAACCCAAGGAACAGAAGGAUGAUGAUACCACCAAUUAUCCCCCACCUACUCAGGUGCAUACAAGUAAACCCAAGGAACAGAAGGAUGAUGAUACCACCAAUUAUCCCCCACCUACUCCAGUGCAUACAAGUAAACCCAAGGCACAGAAGGAUGAUGAUACCACCAAUUAUCCCCCACCUACUCCAGUGCAUACAAGUAAACCCAAGGAACAGAAGGAUGAUGAUACCACCAAUUAUCCCCCACCUACUCCGGUGCAUACAAGUAAACCCAAGGAACAGAAGGAUGAUGAUACCACCAAUUAUCCCCCACCUACUCCGGUGCAUACAAGUAAACCCAAGGAACAGAAGGAUGAUGAUACCACCAAUUAUCCCCCACCUACUCCGGUGCAUACAAGUAAACCCAAGGAACAGAAGGAUGAUGAUACCACCAAUUAUCCCCCACCUACUCCAGUGCAUACAAGUAAACCCAAGGAACAGAAGGAUGAUGAUACCACCAAUUAUCCCCCACCUACUCCGGUGCAUACAAGUAAACCCAAGGAACAGAAGGAUGAUGAUACCACCAGUUAUCCCCCACCUACUCAGGUGCAUACAAGUAAACCCAAGGAACAGAAGGAUGAUGAUACCACCAAUUAUCCCCCACCUACUCCGGUGCAUACAAGUAAACCCAAGGAACAGAAGGAUGAUGAUACCACCAAUUAUCCCCCACCUACUCCGGUGCAUACAAGUAAACCCAAGGAACAGAUGGAUGAUGAUACCACCAAUUAUCCACCACCUACUCCGGUGCAUACAAGUAAACCCAAGGAACAGAAGGAUGAUGAUACCACCAAUUAUCCCCCACCUACUCCGGUGCAUACAAGUAAACCCAAGGAACAGAAGGAUGAUGAUACCACCAAUUAUCCCCCACCUACUCAGGUGCAUACAAGUAAACCCAAGGAACAGAAGGAUGAUGAUACCACCAAUUAUCCCCCACCUACUCCGGUGCAUACAAGUAAACCCAAGGAACAGAAGGAUGAUGAUACCACCAAUUAUCCACCACCUACUCCAGUGCAUACAAGUAAACCCAAGGAACAGAAGGAUGAUGAUACCAGCAAUUAUCCCCCACCUACUCCGGUGCAUACAAGUAAACCCAAGGAACAGAUGGAUGAUGAUACCACCAAUUAUCCACCACCUACUCCGGUGCAUACAAGUAAACCCAAGAAACAGAAGGAUGAUGAUACCACCAAUUAUCCCCCACCUACUCCGGUGCAUACAAGUAAACCCAAGGAACAGAAGGAUGAUGAUACCACCAAUUAUCCACCACCUACUCCGGUGCAUACAAGUAAACCCAAGGAACAGAAGGAUGAUGAUACCACCAAUUAUCCCCCACCUACUCCGGUGCAUACAAGUAAACCCAAGGAACAGAAGGAUGAUGAUACCACCAAUUAUCCCCCACCUACUCAGGUGCAUACAAGUAAACCCAAGGCACAGAAGGAUGAUGAUACCACCAAUUAUCCCCCACCUACUCAGGUGCAUACAAGUAAACCCAAGGAACAGAUGGAUGAUGAUACCACCAAUUAUCCACCACCUACUCCGGUGCAUACAAGUAAACCCAAGGAACAGAAGGAUGAUGAUACCACCAAUUAA